CACCCCACUGCACUACCUAGAAGCAGGAAGUAGCAACGUUUAGUGGAUCAUCCAUGCAGCUGAAACCGAAAAACAAACCUACAAAAUUAUAAUUUAGUCAGAUGUGGAUUUUUUGAAGUACUGCUGAGGCCAGCAGCUGAAUCUUGUAAUCUACAUAUCGCGUGGACGCGUUCGGGCAAACAAGAGCAUGGGGCAGCAUCUUGGAAAACGUGAGCCACUUUCUGUUGCUAAGGGAUCAUCAACCGUAUCUGAACACAUCCCAGCAGACUCACCGGUGUCACAGGAUGAGGUAUUUGGAUUGGGGGAGGCGGACCUCAACCAGAACAAUGGGUGCUCCAGCAAGAGUCCGGUGGUGACUGACUCCAUGAACGCUGCAGUAGAUCACAGCAGCUGGAACCAUCCGAGCACAGCCGACCCUGAUGCCUCGGGGCCCCGCCCACACUUGGUCCGCCUCUUUUCUCGAGAUGCCCCGGGUCGAGAGGACAACACCUUCAAACACCGCCCCUCGGAGUCUGAUGAGCUGCAGACCAUCCAGGAGCACAGCGGAGCUGGCUCAGAGUGCGGUUCCGAUUGUGCAGAGUAGGACCUAAAGUAGAUUUCCUCUUUGCCUUCACUUUCCUCACUCCUAUUUUGGAAACCAAACGAAACCAAAAACACCGCUGUAGAGAUUAAAGCUAACACUUCAGCAUGGCAUCUGCAAGCACUUCGCAGUCAACAUUCAGGCUGGGCCGCAGUAAGAAGAACCCUACUGUUAUGGAUCAGAUCGGGAAGUUCUUUGGAGGGGAUAAAAAGAAGAAGGGAAAGGUGAGGAUUGAGCAGGCAUUCCGAGUUCUCCACAUGAGCCUUUACUACUGUUCUAUUUGCAUGAAUUUAUCUUGACCUUCAGUUAUUGUUUGAUUCCAAUAUAGCCACCAGUAAAUGAGUUGCGUGUGAAUUAUUAUUAUUAUUUUUUACUUUUAUCUCUUUAUCUCUGUUUAUUACACAUUGCUGUCAUAUAGUAUCCAGUAUUUAAUAAAGCUGCAAUUUGAUAUAGGAUUUAACUGUGAUUCAGGGAUUCAGCAUACGGUGUGAUGUUUAUAAACAUGACUUUUAGCUUUUAUUAGCUUUUAUAAAAUGUAUUUGAAAUGCCUGUGUAACAAAAUUAAGUGUUUUUAUGACUUUUCACUGACAGCAACUGCAACGUUGAAAAGUUCUGUAGUAAUCAGAAAAGACGGUACAUAGAGCAAAUUGUACAAUGUUUGGUACUAUGUCUCAACCAGGAUGUUUAUGUUGGCGGAGAGAAUUUGGUAGCACUUUAUUUUACAGUCCUGUUCCUCAUGUACAUACUAUGUACUUAUUAUAGUAAUUACAAUAACUAUGUAAUAACUAGGUACUAACCCUGAACCUACCCCUAAACCUAACCCUACCCCAUGUAGUUACCCUGUAUUACCAGAACUUUCUUAGAUAAAUACACUCUAAGUACACUAUAAGUACAUGUUAGUACAUGUACUGUAAAAUAAAGUGCAACCGUACAUGUACUGUAAAAUAAAGUGCAACCAAGAAUUUUUCACAUAUCUAUUACAUGUUCUUAUACAGUAUGUGACUGAUAAAUAUUUUAUAUUUUAUAGCCGUUUUUCAAAUCCAUUUAUCUUAUAACAUCAUGGUGUUAAGGGAGCACCUCAGGGUUUUACAGGGUACAGACGGUGACCAUUACUGAUCAGUUUGGUUUCUAAAAGGAAUUUACAUCAUUUUGGAAAUUAUUAUUAAUAUUUGUUAUGCUUGUGAAAUUAUGCAGUUUCUAGAGCCUUAACUUUUAAGAAAAGAGGGAGAUAAUUAUUAGUAUUAUUUUUCUUUUCUCUCAAAAACAAAGAUAUUUAAGCUGUUAGGUGAUAAAACACCAAAGUUGGGAAACUCUUUUGCUUUGUGGGAAAAUGUGAAAUGAGAUCUUGAUGUAAGUUUAUAUUUAAAGUGCCAUAAGAUGGUUAAAAUGUAACAUUGCAGAAUUACUGACUCGUGCAGUGUGUAAUGUUUUGAUUAACUAGUUUCAAUAUAGCUAACAUUUUUUUUGUGGGAAAAAAAUAAUGUGACCGAGAUUGAGAUGUCAUAGUUUCAGUUGUAUAAUAGUUUUAUCUCAGACCUACAUGUUGCUGCUUUAACCAGAUUUCUCAAACAUGCCUCAGGUUAACUCAUCUCUCUAAUGUGAUCUUUAAGUGUUAAUGCCUCACUAGUAACCCCUAUAGAUUGUGUCCCAUUUGUAACAACAAUAGAUUGUGUAACCUACAUAUUCUGGAACAACCCUGAAGAUGUUCUUUAGCCUGAUCCUGUCCUGAGCUCUUUGACAUUUGCUUGAUUAAAAUGUAUGUAACGUGAA